GGGUAUUUGGUUUUUUGAGAUCUAAUUUCGUACUAUAAAUCGUUGCUCCUGGUUUUAAUGGGUUAGUAGACGAACUGAAUAAAGAAAAUGUACCCAAUUUCGAUUUUUAGUCAAAGUUGAUGGACAUGAUCACUUCGGUCGACACUUUUGGCGCUAUAAAUAUGUGUUCUACUUCUACCUACAACUCCAAAGAAAAACAAAAACUAGUAAAAACCGUUUGGCAAUUGGCAACUGGGAAGAGGAAAGAAACAAAUAAUUUGAGUAAAAUGGAUUCUUCCAACCUUGGAGUGGCAGAAUUGCUGAAUGAUCCAAACCUUGUAUCUGUUUUCCAGAAAAUGUAAGUAAACCCCCAAGUCAACUCUUCUUUGUUUGUUGAAGUCUUUAUUAAAUCUAAUAAUCAACGUCUCAACAUUCAGUGAAUUUCAUCCAAGAACUGAGAUGGGUUUGGCUUUUUUCUUUUUCUUUUUUUUUUUUGUUGGAUUAUAUUCAGGUCGGAAUUCUUACCGUUACCGGCAACGGCUCCAAAUUUCAAGCUUAUGCUGGAGUUCUUUCUGAGUACUUUAGUGCCGAUUAUGGAGAAUUCGUUCCGGAAAAUUGUGAGAUUUCGUUUAUUAGUACUUGUCAAACUUGAAUAUGCGUAUUUUAUUCAGUCUCAUUCUCAUAUACUAUAUUGGUUCUGUUCUAUAUGAUGUUUUUUAAGUUGUUCUUAUGCUCCCCAAAAGAUGUUUGGGUUUGUGUAGUUCAGGCUUUGAGAGGCCGGCCGCUAGAUUUGGAUAACGAUUGACAACAGACCUUCACAUUUUACUCCCUCCGUCCCAUUUUAAUAGCUCAACAAAGUGUUAUUUCCAUACUAAUAAUGUAAUGCGUGCUUCCGAAGUAUUCCUUCUUGUUCUAAUUUGUGACUUAUAAUUAGGACCGUAGGGAGUCGAGCUUAGAACCUUUAACUUUCAUUAUUUGAGGAAAUGGAAAGCAAUCAAUCAGUGUGUACCUGACAUACUGAUAUUGACUACAGCUUCAUGGUAUUGAUAGGAAUGCUUAAUUCUAUUUCCUGCUUUUCAUUGGCCAAUAAGCAGGUAAAAGAGGAGCUUACAGAGAGAAUCAUUGCAGAAGUACUAAAACGGGUGUCAGGGAAUGAAACUCUCACCCCUGAGCUGCAGAAUCUGGCACUCAAGUUCAUAGGCAAAGUUUGUGAAACAAUCUACACUGGACAAGAUAUCAAAGGAGAAGGAGAGGGAGAAAACUGCUUUCUUAAAGUUGCUUUAGUUGGUGCUGAUGAAAAGAUCAUUGAAUCUGGACCAGAAGCUUCUUCAGAAGUGGAGAUAUCGGUCAUCUCGGAUCAUGGUGAAGGCAGUCAAAACAAAGAGAUGAUUAGGCUUCCUAGUCUUUCGAAAAACAAACAGCUGAAACUUAAAGAUGGAGUUGCUGUUUUGAAAAACGUGAAAUUCAAACACCAGUCAGAUUGGACAAAGGAUUGCAGGAUGAAGCUACUAGCAAGAACCAUCGGAAACAACAUUCAAGAGGGCCGGCUGGCAGUGAAACACGCGAUAUCAGAAUCAUUUCUUGUUCGUGACCACCGUGUUUUGUACAAGAAAAAGCCCGACAUACCAUUGCUUUCUGGUGAGGUAGGGCAAUUAAAGGGAAUCCUCAACAACAAAAAGCUACGUGAGCUUCUGGAAAAGGAGAGAAUUAAAUCAGUGAAAGACUUUCUGAUAUGCUACCAUACAGAACCUCAAAGACUCCUGCAAAUGCUUGGUAUCAGCGAGGAGAAGUUAAUGGUUAUGGUUGAUCAUGCCAAAAAAUGCAAGAUCCCAGAGAAUCAGUAUACUUAUGCCUAUUCCCGUAGCUGGGAAAGAAAGAUGGCUGUGGUAUUUGACGAUGUUGGAUGUAUACGAGGCCUAAUCAAUGCAGAUCACCAAUUUGUUCCUGUCGACAGUCUUCCUGAAGAGGAAAAGGUACCCAAUGAUGCCCAUCCUUCGAGCUCUGCCACCGCUGGAAUUCCAACUGGUUAUUAUUCAGACCCUUAUGAUCAAACGGUGGAGGGACUAGUUCCCACUUCUUCUCCACAGCCUAACACUUCCCUUUUGUAUUUCCGAUCUAAUUCGUUCAAUGACUGUCCCUAUUUUUGGGUAGAUAACGGUGUCCUUCACACGAUAGCACCAUCUGAGGUCCUAAACGGAACAUGUGGUGCUGUCAAUGAAGGGCUUUCAGCUGAACAUAUUCCUGCUUCCAGGAAUGCAAAAGGAAGAUGGAAAGUGGUGAUCAUGUCCCUAAUGUUCGUACUUAUGAGGAAGAGAAUUAUUGUGGCACCAGGAGAAGAUAGUCAACCUCAGAAAAAUGAAGACGUGGUUAAUCAAUAGCCUCUGUCCAAUUUAAUACCCCCUCUAUCCUGAAAUGAUUGUCCAGUUUGGGUAUUUACUUUUAGUACGAAUUGUACUAAAAUUGAAAAUUCAAACUGGACAAUCAUUUUGAGAGAGAGAGUAUCUACAAGUGCCCUGUUAGUGAAAUGAGACUGUUUCAUUAGCAAAACAGUUAGUACAUAUAGGACAGAGAACUAGUUACUGCUUAGUUCCUUUUUAAGUCAUUGCAGAUUGUUUCAUUCAAGUUCAGGUUGAUUCUUUGGAUUCAUUAGAAUCUUGUCAGUGCUGCCAGAUGAAGAUCUUGUGCAGAAAUAGUUGCUAUAUAUAUAUGAUAUCACAUAGUGGCGUUGCAACAAAUUUUUUUAUUUGUUCGUUUGAUUGUACAAAAUUGAAGUUGAAUUAUCGACAGGUUGAUAAACUUUGUGCAAGUUAAAUCGAUUAUCAAAGCU